AUGGCUGAACCAAGCGCCAAGAAAGCCCGAAGCGAAUUCUUCCCUUCGAUCUCCAAGAUCCAAUUUGAGGGGCCGCAGAGCAUCAAUCCAUUGGCCUUCAAAUAUUACCAACCGGAUGAGGUCAUCAUGGGAAAGAAGAUGAGGGAUUGGUGCAGAUUUGCGGUGAGCUGGUGGCAUACUUUCAACGGCCAGAUGGGCACAGACCCAUUCAGCAAUGUCAAAACCCAUUUGAGACCCUGGGAUGUGGACGGGUCGAUGGACACUUUCCUCACCAGGGUGGAUGUGGCCUUCGAGUUCUUCACAAAGCUUGGCGUAGACUACUACUGCUUCCACGACGUUGAUGUGGCACCUCAAGGGUCCAGCCUCCAAGAAUUCCAAUCCAAUCUGGACGUCAUCUCAGACAAGCUGUUGUCCAAGCAGAAGGAGACUGGCGUGAAAUUGUUGUGGGCGACUCAGAAUCUCUUCUCGCAUCCUCGAUACAAAGAUGGAGCCGCCACCUCCCCAAAUUUUGACUCUUUUGCGUAUGGAUGUGCACAAACAAAGAAGAUGCUGGAUGUUGGGAAGAAAUUGGAUGCAGACACGCACGUCUUUUGGGGUGGCCGCGAGGGGUUUGCAACUGCUCUCAACACGAAGGUCAAGAGUGAACUUGACCACAUGGCCACCUUUCUGAAGAUGGCCGUGGCUUACAAAAAGAAGAUCGGAUUCAAGGCGCAAUUCACCAUUGAGCCCAAAGCUCGUGAGCCAACUGCGCAUCAAUACGACUACGAUGCCCAAACGGUCAUUGGUUUCUUGUAUCAGCAUGGCCUGGAAAACGAGUUCAAAGUCAACAUCGAGCCAAACCACACCACUUUGGCAGGCCAUGAUUACGAGCAUGAUUUGCGAAUGGCGUCUGCUCUGGGAAUGUUGGGAUCCAUCGAUUGCAAUGCUGGACAGCCCUACCUGGGAUGGGACACUGACGAGUUCCCUUCAGAUCCCAGGAAGUGCUUACUCUCGAUGCUCAUCGUGGUGGAACAGGGCGGCAUCGCACCCGGGGGCAACAACUUCGAUUGCAAGCUCAGACGAGAGAGCACUGACAUCGAGGACAUGUUCAUCGCUCACAUUGGCGGUAUGGACUGCUUGGCCAGAGGCCUCAUUGGUGCCUGCAAAUUGGUCCAGGAGGGCCUCAUGAAGAAAGCCUUGGAAGCAAGGUAUUCGUCCUGGUCGACCACGGCGUUGGCCAAGAAGGUCGAGGACGGCAAGGCAUCCCUCGAGGAGAUCGAGGCCUACGCCUUGAAGACCUCCGAGCCCAAGACCUCCAGCGGCAAGCAGGAGUAUUUGGAGCAGCUCAUCAAUCGGUACAUUUGA